UGCCCGCUACGGCCGGCUGUCAUAACAGCGCGUGAGAGAAGUAGAACCCGAGACAGAACCAAAGGAUUGAAAACAUCUGAUUAAGUCACUGCCCGAGUCCAAUCAAAAGGUACACAUCGACGACUUGGUACAGUAACAGUUGCACUAUUUUGGAAGUUUUUCUCUUGUUUUCGAUAACUUUGAGCUUCAGGGACUUUGUGCUGGAGGUUGACUCGGUUCGGUGACACUUAAGCCUCUGUGUCCAGCCGGCAUCAUCUCCAUCUGCAGCGCUCCUUUUUCCUCCUCUGUGUUUAUAGACUGUCUGAUUUGAAAUAUGCCCACAAUUAUGGAACAGCCUUUUUAUGACGACUCGUUUCUCUCUGCUUAUGGCCACCCAGGCGCUGCGUUGCCAGACUACAAGCUGUUAAAGCAGAACAUGAACCUGAACUUCUCCGAUUCUUAUCGGAACGCAAACUUCAAGUCCCAGCACCUGCGCGGAGCCGACGGUGAUUUCUAUACCGCAGCGGCAGCAGCGGACGUGGGCUCCCUGAAACUCGCUUCUCCCGAACUGGAGCGACUCAUCAUCCAGAACAGCAACGGGAUCAUCACCACCACACCGACACCGCCUCAGUACCUGUAUAACCGCGGCAUCACAGAGGAGCAGGAGGGCUUCGCGGAGGGCUUUGUCAAAGCGCUGGACGAUCUGCACAAGAUGAACCAGAUGGCUCCUCCAAACGUGUCCAUCAGUACCGGCGGCAUGGCUGCCUGUUCGGCUCCAGUCUCUGUGUUUGGUUCCCCUAUGCAGCCGGAGCCGCUGGAGUACACUACUCUGAGCAGCUGCGCCUCUAAUUCAAGCUUGUCUUCAGCGGGCAGCUAUCCGUCCACCACCAUCAGCUACCUGCCCCAUCAGUUCCACCAGCAUCACCAGGCGGUUGCGCACGGAUCCCAUUCCUUUCAGAACUCUCUGGCCGCCGCGGGUAUGUACUCACAAAGGUACGGUGGCCUUAAAGAGGAGCCCCAGACCGUCCCUGACAUGCAGAGCAGCGACAACGGCUCCCCGCCGAUGUCUCCCAUAGAUCUGGAGAAUCAGGAGCGCAUAAAGGCCGAGCGCAAGAAGCUGAGGAACCGGCUGGCAGCAUCCAAAUGCCGGCGGCGCAAACUGGAGCGCAUCGCUCGACUGGAGGACAAGGUGAAGGUGUUGAAAAACGACAACGUUGGACUGUCAAACCGGGCGUCUCUGCUACGGGAGCAGGUGGCUGAGCUCAAACAGAAGGUAAUGACACAUGUGAACAGCGGCUGUCAGCUCAUGCUAGCGCCCAAAGUCAAGUCAUACUGAAGAAACAACGAAAGCACUUUACCUGAUCGAAAAACACUGGACACGAACUGCACUGACAUCAAUGAACUCUGUCUUCAGAGAACGGAUGGAUAUGGACUAUUGUGUUUUCUAGAACUCGGAAAACAAACAUGACUAAAACACUUGGAACAUUUUAAGAUACGUUUUUAAAAGUGUCGUCCUGACUCUGCCUGUUUACAUUUUCUUUGGCUGCAUUUGUUCAUGUUUGUAUAAGUUAUUUCUGUUUGUCAAGCUAAGCUUGGCCAACUUCUAUUUUCGUUUUUUACUUGUACAGUAUAUUUAAGUAAAUAUAAUAUACCAAAUA